UGGGACCAGAAGAAUACCAUGAAAUUCGGCCCUCAUUUUCAAAAAAACAAAAGUACCCUUUUGAAGCAAAAAAAAUCAUCUUCCUUCAAACUUUGUCAAAAAUCAAAGUGACUGCAAGUCUGUUCUGGAAAAUCCACAAAGCCUAGGAGCUACAUUCACUGCUGGUUCCUAAGGGUUUUCACAAUCCAUUCAAGAAGCAAGGUUUCAUUUAAAAAGUGGAGAGAGACGGAGAAAGUGAGGAGGAUGGAUCAGAAACUCUACAAGGCAGCAAAGGAGGGGUAUGUGCAUCGUCUCUCAGGAAUCGAUGGAAGAAGCAUAACAGAGGAAGAGGCCAUGCGUAUCCAAGAUGGUAAGUUUCUCAAGAGGACGCAACACGGCAACAACAAUAUCCUUCACAUAGCAGCAGGAGCCGGACGCAAUACCUUCGUUGCGGAAGCUCUCCGGCGCUUCCCUUUUCUUUCUGACCAAGUGAAUUCACAAGGUGACACCCCUCUCCUUGUCGCAGCUAGGUUUGGUCACCUCCAAGUGGUGAAAACACUUGCGGAGCCUAAUAAUGAGCUCCCGAUGCAAGAUCAUAAUACGGCUACUGCUGUGGAGAGUAGAACAAACUCGAGGAGUAGUCAUCAUCAAAGAGAUGUGGAAGAAGGGCUAGUUGAUCAUCAAUUGGAGCAGGGUACAGUACAAGACAAUGUGGCCAUUGUGGAGAAUGGAACAAACUCGAGUAAUAUUAGUCGUCGUCAAAGAGAUGUGGAAGAAGGGCUACUUGAUGAUCAAUUGGAACAGGCUACUUCUUUGGAGAAUGGAGCAAACUCGAGAGACAUGACUACUGCUCUCGAGAAUGAGACAAACUCGAGUAGUAGUCGUCGUCCAAGUGAUGUGGAAGAAGGGCUAGAUGAUCAUCAAUUAGAUGUGGCAAUUCCCUCCCAUUGGAGGGUGACAAAUUUGGAGCAGGGUACUAUAAUUACUAUAGCUCUACAUGAGGCUCUAAGGAAUGGGCACCAAGACGUGGCACGUUAUUUAUUAGGAUUAAAACCCGAAAUGGCAACCUUUGAUAAUCUUGCUGGAGAGAGCCCACUUUUUUUGGCUGCAGAGUCUCGUUGCGAGCUAUUUAUGUCGGAUAUUUUAUUGUCAAAACGGCCAUAUAGCACAAAAGGCCCCGACGGACUGAAUGCGCUACAUGCUUCACGACAUUGUUGUGGCACAAUUAUUUCUGAACUAAUAAAACAAAAUUCGGAUCUCAUGAGAAAAUUGGAUAACCGCAGGAAGGCAGCUAUUCACCAUGCAGUAGAAGCAAAUUGUUGGGUUUUGCUUCAUCAAAUGUUGGAGGCCGACCCUUCAAUUGCCCUCUUUCCCGAUGCCGAGGGUUACACGGCUCUCCUUAUAGCUUCAAGUAGAGGAUGUUGGAAAAUUUGUGAGAAGAUACUCAGGUUUUGUCCAGAAUCAAUCGAGGCACGCAAUGAUAAAGGUCAACAUGCACUUCAUCUUGCCAGAAGCUGGAUUCCCACGCCCCUUGGAUAUUUUGGCAAGAUUCCACCAGAAAUAUGGGAGCUUGUAAAUGUGGGUGAUGAUGAAGGAAACACUCCUUUGCAUCUGGCAGUAAAAGAAGAUCAGUAUGUAAAGGCAAUAUUGUUAACUUCUUCGGCUUCAAUAGACUUGGGGGCGGUUAACAAAGAAGGUCUUACAGCCUUAGACCUUUGCGAGUCAGAUUGGAAGCAUAUAAACCUAAAGAACCUGAUGUGGUUUCAUCUAAGGAGACAGGGAGCCUCACGUGGCAGACACCCAAAUGAGCACAAGUUUCCUGUUGGAGGACCAGGCGUGAACAUCCCUUCUCGAGAUGAAGAUAUGAAACCAUUUAUUAAUACCAUGGCUUUGAUAGCCGCACUCAUUGCCACUCUCACUUUCGCCGCUGCAUUUACAAUGCCAGGUGGGUACGACAGCAGUCCCGACAAUUUGGUGGGAGUUGCAACUCUCGCAAACAAGGCAGCGCUUAAGGUGUUCGUUGUAUCGGAUACCUUGGCGAUGUGCUGCUCCGUCGUUUCGUUGUUCUUACUUUUAAGGGCAAUGCAGGUUGAACUAGAAGUAACGUUCUCAUUGACCAACACCAGCGUAGGUUUGGUUAUCAUCGCGCUUUAUGCAACUUUGGUGGCUUUUAUUAGCGGUGUAUUUGCAGUAAUAGCCCCUAAGGCAUUAUCGGUGGCCAUUGUAGUAUGUAUCAUAUGUUCCGUGGCUCCUUUCUUAUUUUUGCCUGUAAGAGUUGAGAGAUUUUCAUUUCUUACCUUGUUUAUGCCGACCAUCCUUAUUAAAGACUUUCGACGAUCUAAACAGAACAAAGAGCGGAUGAGGAACAGAAAGAGGGAGCAAGAUUAUGUUGGAUCACUAUUCGAAAGAGGGUCACCGGAUACUACUUAUCGUGUAAGUACCACUGACACCGUAGCUGGCUAGCUGGUGUUAGAAAAUAGCCUUGACUGAGGGUAAUUGGUGGUGUUGGCUAAGCUAUGCUUAUUGGUGGGGGAUAAUUAAUGAGUUAGAAGUUGGAUAAUUGAGUUGUAAUGUGGUUGAGUUGCUUUAUGAUUUGUGUAUGUAUUUGAUUCUAUGUAUUUGUAUGAAUGUAAUUGUUUGAAGGUGAGAGAGAGGGGGGGGGGGGAACCCAAGAUGGGAUUCUCCCAACCCUGUAAUCUGUGAUUGAGAUUUGAGAGUUUGUGUGUGUUUCAGUGUUGUGUGAUUUUAAACAGUGUAAUUGAAGUCAGAUUGAGUAAUUUUGUAUGCGCAAUUUCAAUUC